GGGCGAAUAUAGUACUAUGCAAGCGGAGCGAAAGGACACACAUCGCUCGCAGCCGGAUCGCUGCUCGCCCGACACGGGACUCUGCUCGCCCCUCAAGGACACUUCCCCCGGGGAAAUGUGGGGCUUUGGAAACUUCCUCGCUGCUGCCAGUUCACUGCCUUCUUCCUAAUCCCAAAGGGAACUGCUGCUCAAGCUCAUCGGGAUUCUUAACCGCCUGGUUUUUGAGAUUGGAGAGCUCCCCCUUUAUUAUUAUUAUUAUAACUAUUUUUGCUGUGUUGACAGACACACUCAAGCCCAGGCUUUAAUUCCUGUGGUACAUACUGGUGGGAUACACAUAAAGAGAUUAUCCCGGAAUGGUGGAUCACCUGCUUCCUGUGGAUGAAUCUUUCUCAUCCACCAGGCCUUCAAUUGGAUAUUUUGGGGACAUGACAGCAAUUGGAAGGUCCUACCAAAUGCUGCCCUCUCCCUUGUCUGAAGAUGACAGUGAUUCUUCCAGCUUUUGCUCAUGUUCCAGCCCUGAUUCCCAGGUUCUUGGCUCAAGCUAUGGAAGCUCAUCGAGUGCUGAGAGUCAGGACAGUAUCUUGGACUACUUGUUGUCCCAGGCAUCCUUGGGGAAUGGCCAUGCCUCCUGGUGGGACAAAAGGAGACUUCAGCCCAUUGUGAAGGACGAACAUUUCCAGAUGCCUGAGUUUAUGGUCGAAAUGGACGAUGGUGGACCAUUCCAGCCCACACUUGAGGAGAUAGAGGAGUUUCUCGAAGAGAACAUGGAGACCGAUCUCAAGGAGGGGCCUAAAAGUGAGACCAAAGACAUGAGAGCUUGUAGCCAGAUUACUGUGGCUUCCAUACAGCAAAAAGACCACAUGGUGUCCUACAGUAGUUUAAAAGACAAUAAAAAUGAACAAUCAAACAGCACAAUGGAAGGUAGCCAUGCAUCAAAUGGAACAGUGUCCCUUGAUGGAGGGAUUCCAGUCAUGCUCCAAAUCCAACCAGUACCAGUUAAACAACAAUCAGACACAAGUCCUAGUUCACAAGGGCAAGCUCAAGACAACAUUAAAAUUGCACAGCUCCUGGUCAACAUCCAAGGGCAAACAUUUGCGCUAGUACCACAGCUUGUCCAGUCGUCUAACUUGAACUCAUCUUCUAAAUUUGUCCGCAUAGCCCCAGUUCCUAUAGCAGCAAAACCUCUUGGGCCUGGAGGUACAAUCCAGGGUCAAACAGGGGUCAUCAUGGGUCAAAAAUUUCAAAAGAAUCCAGCAGCUGAACUUAUUAAAAUGCACAAAUGUACUUUUCCUGGAUGUACCAAGAUGUAUACAAAAAGCAGCCAUUUAAAAGCCCAUCUGAGAAGGCACACAGGAGAAAAACCUUUUGCAUGCACAUGGCCUGGUUGUGGAUGGAGAUUCUCGCGAUCGGAUGAGCUUUCUCGACAUAGGCGGUCGCAUUCUGGAGUGAAGCCUUACCAAUGUCCUGUGUGUGAAAAGAAGUUUGCUCGAAGCGACCACUUGUCCAAACACGUCAAAGUCCACCGAUUUCCUAGAAGCAGCCGAUCUAUGCGCUCAGGGAACUGAUGUGUCCUGCCUUCUUGCUCCUUUUCAUCUGUCUGUCCAAGAGCAGGUGCUUUGCCUUCAGUACCUUUCUCUCACACAAUAAUUUAUUUGUCUCAACCUAACAGCUGAUGCCAUGACUUCACACAUACAUCCUACUUGUUGUCUCCCCUCCGUACACCUUUUCCUUGUUCCUUUCCUUUUCUCCACUGCUGCUGCUUCCUUUGAAAAUUACAGUGUUUUAUUUUUAGCUGUUUUCUCCAGCACCAUGAUAAUUUAUGGGCUACUUGCUGCUAGCUAAUUAUAGGUUUGGCAUUCCUGGGGGCUUUGCUCAUGUACAGGGCUAUUCAAUGUAAGCUUUUGUUUUGUUUUGUUUUAAAAAAUCUCAUUGCAGUUGUCCAGUUUGGAAACAGCAAAUUCCUUUUGAAAUGGAAACAACUCCUUUAUUUGGCGGGUGGAGUGAGGUGCUUUGUUGUUAUCAGUGUUGAGAUGGCAACAGUGCGAGGCAUUCCCAUUAGAUGAAAAUGGUAGCAACUAUCAAAAGCAGAAAAGCAAGAAGCCAUUCUGGAAGAUUAUGUGUGUGCAUGUGCAUUAACCAGUAGAGUUUGAAAGAGUUACUUUUUUGAACGAACUCCCAAAGCCCCCCAAUGAGCAGGGAGAAAGUGCAGAACCUAAGAGUCUGGAAGUUACUUUUCAAAUUGUAAUUAUGAUUAUGGACAGAAGACAGUUUAAAUAGGGUUCUGUUUGUAAUCAGAGUUUGUGAUUUCAAUCAGAAUUGUGGUUCUCCCAACCACAGCAUAAAACCAAGAUAGUCUUUCGGGACCAUUGAUCCACCAGUUGUUUCUGCUCUUCACUCUGUGGCUCUUUUCCUCCUUGUUCCAUCCUGUUCUGCCAUUUUCCAUGUUUACUCUCUCAGCAUGAAACAAAGGCAGGGCGGGAAUGAUCAAACAUUGGAAUAGGGUAAGGGAGGAAGAAGAGGAAUUUGUGUUUCUUGCCCAAUGACUACCCUUUAUCCUCAUGUAUAAGUCAUAGAAUCAUAGAACUGUAGGGUUGGAAGAGACCACAUGGGCCAUCCAGGCCAACCCCUUGCCAGUUAGAAAUUUCAAAACUCCUGAGUCAACAUAUCCACAGGUCAAUAUGAAUACUGUAACUUUUUAUCAAAAAAGGAAUUGUCUCCUUCUCUGGGUAGAUUGACAAACUACAAAAAGUUAGUCCAUCGCAGGAAAACCUAAAAGAAGCACAAACCCCUUCUACCCUUUCUGCCGGGGUGUUACUUCUGACCUUUUUGAAAGUGAUCAAGGACUUCUAAUCACCACCAUUGUGGUCACUUAGUGUCUUUACAGACUAAAAGGUGAACAAACAGACCUGGCAAGUAACUAAUUAGAAAUAACAAACACAUAAUUAAUUCCUUUCCCCAAUAACAGAACUGUAGCUGCAUUACAUAAAGGUUAUAAUGUCACAAGGGAUAAAGGUAAAGGUUUCUCCUUGAUAUUAAGUCUAGUCGUGUCUGAUUCCGGGGGGUGGUGCUCAUCUCCAUUUCUAAGCUGUCCAUAGAUGCCUCCUAGGUCAUGUGGUUGGCAUGACUGCAUGGAGCGCUGUUACCUUCCCAUGGAAGCAAUACCUAUUUAUUUACUCACAUUUGCAUGUUUUCAAAAUGCUAGAUUGGCAGAAGCUGGGACUAACAGCAGGAGCUCACCCCACUCCCUGGAUUCGAAUCACCAACCUUUCAGUCAGCAAGUUCAGCAGCUCACAGGGAAUAGCUUUACCCAUUUUGCCAUCAUACUGUAAUGUUUACAGGUUACUUCUAUGAUAGGAGUGCAGCAUCACUAAACAGUGGAGGAAAGAUAUAAUAUGUUUGGAAUGCAGUCUUGUUCUGUUCUUUGUGUUCUGUCCUGAGUGUUGAUGUAUCAGGGAGGGAGGCUGGAGAAGAAUGUUUUUUUACCAGCAGCUUGUAAUAUUGAGAUUAUUUUUUCAAAAACCCUACCUAUGUGAUAAUUAUUUGGAUUGCAUUUUAGAAGUGAGCAAUGAAACCAUUGCUUUAAAAAUAAUGAUAGCAAUAGCUAACUACUUUGGGGACGGCCCUUUAAGCUAGAACUAGAGUAGACCCUCUCUUUUCAUGGAAAUUAAAGGCUCAGGAUUAGUGCAAAAGGGAAAACCUAUGAAUGAAAACAAACACUUUUGAAAAUCUGAGUGAACACCGCUCUAGGAGACAGUCAUAUGUCCUCCACAGGACGUUGACGAUAGAAGCAGCUGGACGAUCUACAAAUACCUAGAGAAUUGUUUUCUUUAGGCACCUCUAGGUCCACCAGUGAAACUGUAUGGCCAACUUCUGGUUUAGGUUGACCAUAGAUUGCUAGAGCAAGCAUGUUAAUCAAAUCCACAAAUAGUAAAACCACAAAAACUAAACUUGCAAAUGUGGAGGGCCGAUUGUAAUUUUUGGUUUGGUUUUUUAAUUCAGGCUCUGUAAAUAUAUUUGAGUGCCAUUUCCCCAUGUUUACAAUAUGGAAUUAAAUCCUUGUCCCUGGUGCCUGGGAUGAGAGAACUUAAGACUUAGUGAAUGUUUUGCAAAAGCACUUUUAGCGCCUUUGGAGGCAAGUGGUGCCCAAGCGUGGAGUCUCCUUACAGGCCACUGUCAAGAGAACGGUGCAGCUCGGGGGAGUGUUCUAGCCAGCUAGCAUGGUAGCUGUCAAGGGCUUUCAGAAGAGAAUAUAUGCAUACGUAUAUAUAUAAAAAUAAGUAAAUACAUAUAAGCAGAUGCUGGAUGCAGAAUUAUUGCGUGAAGCAACACUUUCUUCCCUCUGUCCUCUUCUUUCUGUACUUUGCUGAUUGUAUGAAGCUUCCUAGCAAAAUAGAAUCUGUUAAUAAGAAAUGACUUUUUUUAAAAAAAAAUGUAUAUAUAAAGGACAUCACAUCUUUUUCAUCCUUGAUAGUGUCUAUAAGCAAAAUAUAGACAUAAGCUCUUACAUGAUCCCACUGAAAGCAGCAGGACAGAAUUAGCUGCAAACAAUUUAAGUUCCAUUGGUUUGGAUAAGAGUUUGUUGCAAUGAACAUCUCUAUACAAUAAUGCCUUGUGUCUUUCCCCCUCUUUUUUACUUUUUGGUAAGCCAACUGAGGAAAUAAAACACUGCAAUUCUAGUAUUAGUAGGUCAAAUGGAGUCCCAUGUUGUCAUGUUAAGAACAAGAGCUCCAUUACUUUCCUCUAGGAAUGCAUUCCUUGUGUCCUCUCGAAAUAAGUGUAAAUGACCCUUCUGUCAACAGGUUUUUAUCUCACAUCCUAUGAAUGUAUGUAAAUAAAACUGUACAUACUACAUAUCUAUAUAAACUAUCUUUUAAUAACAUAUGAAAUUGUGUAAAUUGGAAGCAAAAAUAUCUUUAAAGCCAAUGUACAUAAGUUACAAUCUGUAUAUUUUUCUUUUGUUCUUCAUAAAAUAUAUUUACUUUGACAAUAAAACAAAAAUGGAAAUUUUAGAAAA